CGAUAGUGUAAGGGUAAUGGCCGAAAGUGUAUGGUAAAUAAUGCGGUUGCGUUAUGGCUUUUCUUUGUCCUGUGAGAAUACGCCGCGGAAAGAAGAAGAAAACAUCAGGAGAUGCGGACAAGGACUUGGUUCGUACUCCCGGAAUGGGCCGCAUCACAGGAAGUGCCUCGAUCGAGACUUUGGUUCGAGUUGGAAUCGAAAAGGAGAAUGGCCUGGCUCCAGAUAGCAAGAUGGUUGUGCUUCACGACUUCACACCCUGUGUCGAUGAUGAGUUAGAAGUGAAGAGAGGACAGGUGGUAAACAUCCUGUAUCGUGAAAAUGACUGGGCGUAUGUUAUUGCUGCAGACAGCCGACAGGAGGGGUUUGUGCCUCACUCGUACUGCACGCCAUAUAAUUCUCACUUGGGUGAGCUUGCAUUAAACAAUGUGAAGAAAAAGCUUCCCCGCGAACAGCAGCAGCGGACUGGAGGUGCUGGGACUGGUGGUGCAAAUGCAUCUUCAAAUAGUGGUGGAGGUGGCACCACUGGGAGCGGAGGUGCAGUAGUAGAUAAUCCUGUAGUGCCGACCAGUGAAGGAGAAGCUAUACAGGAAAGUCGGACUGGUGCUGACAUUUCAGACUGCGAGAGUUAUGGGAACAAAAAAAAUACAGGUGCUACACAGCAGCUUAAUAUAACAAGCUCUCAAGCUUCACUGCAUAGUGUGUCUUCAUCACAACCAGAUGUGCAUCCAUUUUUUAAGGAUCCAUCUGGCAGAUAUAUUGUGCUCUAUACGUUCAUAGCACGUGAUGAAAAUGAUGUUAGUGUGGAACGUGGGGAAUUCGUGACCGUUUUAAAUCGAGAGGAUCCUGAUUGGUACUGGAUAGUCCGGAGCGAUGGACAGGAAGGUUUUGUGCCUAGUGGGUUUGUCUAUCCAGCCCACAUAGUACAAGGGCAUCUGAAUCAGAGUAAUAAUCAAAAUGUGAACAACAAUUUUGCAUCACAAAGCAACGCACAUCUACUUGCAUCGCAGUCAAAUGAUGACUUACGUUAUCAUGGGACCGAACUUGUAAUGCUUUACGACUACAAGGCUCAAGCUCCUGAUGACUUAUCAGUUCGACGUGGUGAUUGGAUAUAUGCAGACCUCAAUAAUCAGACAGUGGAUGGUUGGCUGUGGGCAUAUGCUCCAAAAACUCGCAAGUACGGUUUCAUACCAAAAGCAUAUGCUCGACCACCAGCUAUGACAAGUCUAUAGAAAGAAUGGUCUACAAAGAAGUUUUACUCCAGCUGCCAUUAAAUUUAUUGUGUGUGUGUGUGUGUGUGUGUGUGUGUGUGAGAGAGAGAGAGAGAGAGAGAGAGAGAGAGAGAAGUCUUGUCUUGUUAGGAAUAUGAUGAUAUACAGUUUUCACCUCACUGCUGUCUUCUCAUAUAAUUCCACUUUUUUUAUCACAAUUUUGUGGUUAAUGUAUCUUGCAUAAUCUAACACUUAGUAAAAUAUCCAUUGCUGUCACUGUAAAGGUGAUGGUCCAUGGAGGAAUGUUCUGAUUGUUUUUGUCUGUGUUUUGCUGUGCAAAGUAUGAGGCUUCAAAGUAAACUCUGUACGUGAAGAAGGCAGAUGUUUGUAAUGUAGCUUAACUCCAGUAUGAAAAGUAUUGAGAUGAUGAACCAUUUGUGUGAAAUGUGCACUGUCGUUUUACAUCACUAAUUCUGACUUUACAUCAAGAUGGUUUAGUCACAAAUGUUUGUCUUUAUGCAGAUAAUGUGUGUGUGUGUCUGUGUGUGUGUGUGUGUGUGUGUGUGUGUGUGUGUGUGUGUGUGUGUGCGCGCGCCUGCGUGCGCGCGUGUACAUGUCAGAAUUUACUUGUACUGUUCGAUCUUUGCCUUGUAGUAGUGACCACCAGAACAUGCUUAACCCUCACAGAUAAUAAGAAUUCAUUUUGUCAUAAGUUCAUACUGGGUUGGGAUUACUAAAAAAUUAACACAUAUUCAAAAUUGUUGUCCUUUUCUUUUGUUUUAUUAACAAACUAUAAUUUUGGCUGCCACAGGAGGAGGAGUGGUGCAGGGAAACAAGCCUGCUUCCCUGCCUACAGCAGGACUAGUAUAUUCUCACAGGGAUCACCAAUCUUUUUUGGUGUUAUAAGGGUCAUAAUCAAAAUCAAUGAUGGACUAGCAUUAGUCACUCACUUAUUUCAAAAUUAAAAAAAUAAACUCAUGAGCAAUGCACAACAUAAACACUUCAGGGGCAGCUACCAUGCUAUUGCUUGUUGAGGAAUCCUGAGUAUUGUUAAUGAUGAAGAUACGGCCUGACCUCUAGCAGUAUUUGAUGCAACCACAGGUCAAAACAUCCACCACCUAAUUUGCCAUGUUAAAAGUGUCCAGAUUAUACCAUCUUUUCAGCUGAAGAUGUAUGCAUUUCUUUGUUAUAAAAUGCUAGAUCUCAUGGCUGAGUACUACAUUGCAUUAUGCAGUGUGUAUUUGUAAUAGACAAUUCAACUACUUGCAGUUGUCAUGGCAUCAGAACAUUCAGUGCAUUGAUAUGUCGUUGCAUUUGUACACUUUUUAUUUGGUAAACAGGUUGUUACGCACAUCAUCUUUUAAAGUUUAACUUCAUGAGAUGGUGUACAAUACCAGUAACUGAAAACUGGUUACAUUUUCGAUAUUUAUAUGCAGAAAAUAAAGCUAUUUCAAACUAUCUCUCAUGAAAUAGUUCAUCUGAAUACAAUUUGCAAUAAAAUAGUGUCCAUUAGGUAAUUCAAUAAAAUAGUGUCUGUUAGGUAAUUUUGUGUUUUUCUUUUUUUGUAUUUCGAGGCAGCAUUUGUAUCUAUUUUGCAUUUAUUGCAAAAUGCAAUUUUUUCUGGUCCCUGUAUAUGUCAUUAGAAUUUCAGAUCUUGUCUGUUUCUUUUCCAUUUCUUUUCUCUUAUUUCCUGUGAGGUGUGGCAUUGUGAUUCCUGCAUCAAAAGUGAGUCCCUCUCGUAGCUCUUUUUGCAAUGUUUUACACUUAUGUUUUUUUUGUACUGCUUCCCACAUUGUAUUAUCUCUGAAAAUUAAUUUUUAUCAUUAUUUUUUUUAACUUUCUGCUGUACUUUCAAACUUCUGCAGUAAAUAUGGUUAUUUUGUAGCUUUAUUGGUUUGACUUUACUUGUAACUAAACAAUACUGCUAACACAUUAUUGACGUGGAAAGCUGUUUGACAUGCUGCAAAGAACUAAGUUUAUGUUGAAAUUCAGUGUUUGUGUUUGUUCAUUUAGUUUAGGACAUUGCCAAUUUAUACACAAAUAACUACAAAUGUCCAGAGAUGAUAGACAUGUUUUUCCUUCAUCUUUGUCAAUCUCAAGAAGAAACUUCUCUUUUUUUAACAUUCUUUUUGUUUUUGACUAUAACAUCAUACUUAUGACAAUCUAUGGCUGCAGUAUGUUUGUAAACUCUUGAACCAAUAUUCAAUUAAUUUAUUUUUAUUUUUAGUUUUCAUUAGCAGAGCUACAUUCACACCUCUUGCAUAGUAAAAAUCACACACGAAUAUCUAAAUUUCACAUGUAAGACUAAAAGUUCUGCACUGGCAGUACCUGUUACAAAGUAUUUAAUUCAUUCGAAGUCAUGUAAUUUUUAUGAUUUACAUUUUUUCAAGUGAAUAUGGUGACAUCAGAGGUGACUGAGAAGUUAAGACUUUAUUAUACAAGGACAAUUUGAAAAUAAAUAUGCAUGUAAGACAUGUAAAAUGAAGCUUUACUAGUUUGCAUGACCAUUUUGUGUUCAUGUAAAAAGGAAAGGGAAAAAUGUAGGAAGGAGAAAGACAUAUGUUGUCAUUAUUUUAAAUGUAUGGUUUUCAGUCGGAGAAUAUAAUUCUCUGUAUUGGGAAAAUUAUUUCUGUAAGGUACCAUAAAAUUUUAUUUAUGGUUACUAAAUCUGUUAAUUGUUUUUUGUAUAUACUCCCUUCAUGCUUCUAGAGAGAAGAGAGAAUUCUGUAACCUCAUAACUAAUGUAUCAUGGCAUAUAGAUUGAGAGUGACUCCUUUGCAUUGGUUGCUAUCCUGUGAAUCCUUCACUUUGGCAAAGUUGAGUAAAAUUUGAAACUUGGCACAGUAUGUUGUUGAAGGGGAUGGAAAAGGAACAGAAUGAAAUUAUGGCAGUGAUUUUGAUUGUAUAUGAACAGAAACAUUACAGUGGCUGCAUUAAGGAUUUCAGCCUAAAUCUUUGACUGUCUGGAGUCCAUUGUUUUCCCACUGUGCCAUCACACUGUUUUAAAAAUCAUCAGUCUAGAACAAUUAUAAAUGAGUGGAAACAUGUGUGCCAAUUCCCAUGAUUUAUAAAAACAAACAAGAUAAGUUUUCCAGAACAAAGUGAAAGUGAUCAUAAUUUGCUAAGUGUUGUGCUCAUAAAUAUAUAUAUUUAAUUUAAAAUAUAUCUUAACACCUGUUCUUCUAUUUGUACAUACGUCGAGCAUUACAUUAAGAAAUAUUUUGCCCUCAAAAACGUUCUGAAAUGUUACAGUAGCAUUUAUAACAACAGGCUGCCUCAGAAUAAGGCAUGAAAAGGUCUUUUUCACCCUAAAAGGUGUGAAAUAGGAGGGGACAUCACAAAUAACUUAACUUGUCUGCAUUACUCAUGUUUAUCAGUAUUUCUGCUUGAAUUUAUUACAGAGAAAAAUGGACUGUAUGAGUGAAAGAAUAUGGUUGAGUACAAGAGGAAUGAGACGUUCCAAGUGUGUUUGUGUGAGUGUGUGUACAUAGGGAAAUUAUUAUAAUCUGCCUAUAUUGCUCAAUAUUUGAAGCAUAUUAACUGCAAGUCAUUGUCGUGACCAGAUUUGUAAUUGUGAAGCUAAUUGUUAUAUAUGUAUAUAUUUUAAUGAAGUAAUUAUCUUUGUUGCAUUGUGGUUUGAGAAGUUUUCUAUUUGUACUUUAAUAGUUUAUAUUUAAAAAUUUUUGUGUUUCCAUUUUGUAAGUAUUUU